AUGGCCCGUUGGUAUCCGAUUCCGCAAGUUCGAAGAUUCAAGGGGUUUUGGAAUCCCACCCCUCCUCAACCGAUAGCAGAAACACCGAAGGCAGCAAAAUGGAUAUUCGACGAUGAUCUCAAAUGUUACCUGCCUGAAAAUGCCACAACCGAACAAGAGAUAGCUAUCACGGAAACGAUAGUCGCUGGGGGACUGUGUCAAAUCAACUCGCUCACUAACGCAAAUGGACGGACGUUCGAUCUGGCAUUCGUGAACUACGACGAUUUAGUCGAACUUCUCGAGCCUCCGACCUCUAUACUCAAAGUGGACGCUCACCAUAAACCCUUCGUGCUGAGGUUUAACAUGCAAGUUGAAACAGAAGACGCUUUUGCCGAAUCCGUCGACGGUCUCAAUUUUGACUUCAAUCGCUGCAAUUUUGAAGAAGUGUCUGCGGCCUUCGAUGCUGUUGACUGGUUCGAUCUGUUAAGUGGAAACGAUCUGGAUCAUGCUGUCGCGGUGUUCUACGGAACUCUAUACGAGAUACUAUGCCGCAUAGUUCCUAAGAAACGUGUCAACAGAAAGACGGACUACAAAUAUCCGUGGUGGAAUUCCGAGCUUCGUCGUCUACGCAACAUUUUCCGAAAACAUCGUCAUUCCGUCAUAAGACCGACGAAAACAAAGCUGUUCUUCGCCGAACCGAACUUCAAUACCAAACAGCCCGGAAUAGUGCAUUCGGCGAGUAUAUAA